UCCUCUCGGUUUCCAAACAACGUUCUUUUCGUUUUCGUUUGCGUUUUCGUCUUUGAACGACGAACAAUCCAACUAACUCUAUAUGAUGGCCGAUCACUUAGACGAACCGCCCCAGAAGCGGGUCAAAAUGGAUCCAACGGACAUCUCCUACUUUCUGGAGGAGAAUCUGCCCGAUGAGCUGGUGUCCUCGAACAGCGGCUGGUCGGACCAGUUGACCGGCGGAGCAGGCGGCGGCGGCGGCGGCAAUGGAGGCGGCGGCGCCUCCGGCGUGACCACAAACUCGACAAAUUCCGGACCAAAUCCUGGCGGCGGCGGACCGAACAAGCCGGCUGCCCAAGGACCAGGACCUGGCGGAGUUGGCGUUGGCGUGAACGUUAACGUGGGCGUUGUCGGCGUUGUGCCUUCCCAGAUGAACGGAGCCGGCGGCGGCGGCGGUAACGGCGGCAACGGAUCCGGCACAGGCGGCGACGAUGGCAGUGGCAAUGGCUCCGGCACGGGCAACGCCAACCGCAUUCCCCAGAUGCCGCACCACCAGCUGCAGCAUCUGAUCCAGCAGCAACAGCAGCAGCAGGGCCAGAAGGGCGCCAUGGUGGUGUCCGGAAUGCAGCAGCUGGGCAGCAAGUCGCCCAACCUGCAAUCGCCCAACCAGGGUGGCAUGCAGCAGGUGGUGGGCACUCAGAUGGGCAUGGUCAACACGAUGCCAAUGUCUAUAUCGAAUAAUGGCAACAAUGGCAUGAACGCCAUACCAGGCAUGAACACCAUUGCUCAGGGCAAUCUGGGCAACAUGGUGCUGACCAACAGCGUUGGCGGCGGCAUGGGCGGCAUGGUCAAUCAGCUGAAGCAGCAGCAGCAGCCAGGCGGCGGCGGCGGUGGUGGUGGCAUGAUCAAUGCCGUUUCCGUGCCAGGAGGACCAGGCGGCGGCGGUCCAGGCGGAGCAGGUGGACCCGGCGGAGUGGGUGCUGGCGGCGGCGGAGGUGCCGCAACCCCGAAUCAAGGCAUGCACAUGCAAAAUGGUCCCAUGAUGGGACGCAUGGUGGGGCAACAGCAUAUGCUACGUGGUCCGCAUCUAAUGGGCGCCGCUGGAGGAGCUGGUGGACCGGGUAAUGGACCCGGUGGCGGAGGACCACGCAUGCAGAAUCCCAACAUGCAAAUGGGCCAACUCAAUAGUCUGCCCUAUGGCGUGGGUCAGUAUGGUGGUCCUGGCGGCGGCAACAAUCCCCAGCAGCAGCAACAGCAACAGCAGCAGCAGCAGCAGCAACAGCAACUCCUGGCCCAGCAGUUGGCCCAAAGAGGCGGCGUUGUGCCGGGCAUGCCGCAGGGCAAUCGACCUGUGGGCACUGUGGUGCCCAUGUCCACGCUCGGCGGCGAUGGUUCCGUGCCCCUGGUCGGCGGCAAUCCUCAACAGAUGCUGGGCCAGCAGCAACAAACGGUGGCAAUGGGUCCACGCCCCCCGCAACCGAACCAGCUGCUCGGUCAUCCUGGUCAGCAGCAGCAACAGCAACAACCGGGAACCUCUCAACAGCAGCAGCAGCAGCAGCAGCAGCAGGGAGUCGGACUCGGUGGAGCAGGAGUGGUGGCCAAUGCCGGCACCGUAGCUGUGCCCACUGUGGCUGGCGGUGCGGGCGCCGGGCAGGUGAUCGGUCCUGGUGGCGGCGCCAAUCGCGAUGUGCCCGACGAUCGCAAGCGACAGAUCCAACAGCAAUUGAUGCUGCUGCUGCAUGCGCACAAAUGCAAUCGAAGGGAGAACCUCAAUCCCAACAGGGAGGUGUGCAACGUCAACUAUUGCAAGGCCAUGAAGACGGUGCUCGCCCACAUGGGCACUUGCAAGCAGAGCAAGGACUGCACCAUGCAGCACUGCGCCUCCUCGCGCCAGAUACUCUUGCACUACAAGACGUGCAUCAACAGUGGCUGCAUCAUUUGCUAUCCCUUUCGGCAGAAUCAUUCGGUUUUUCAAAAUGCCAAUGUGCCACCUGGUGGCGGACCGUCGGGAAAUGCAGGACCAGCGGCCAUCACAGGCGGUUCAGCUGGCGUACCAGUUGGCGGAGCAGGCGGUAAUCUGCAGCAGCAACAACAGCAGCAGCAGCAACAACAGCAGCAACAGCAGCAGCAGCAGCCCAAUCUCACAGGCCUGGUGGGUGAUGGCAGCAAGCAGGUGGCACCGGGCGGUGGUCAGAACACGGCCAUAGUGCUGCCGCAACAGCAAGGAGCUGGCGGCACACCGGGUGCCCCCAAGACGCCAGCGGACAUGGUGCAACAGUUGACGCAACAGCAGCAACAGCAGCAGCAGCAGGUGCACCAGCAGCAGGUGCAACAGCAGCAGGAGCUGCGACGCUUCGAUGGCAUGGGCCAGGUGGGACUUUCACCCGUUCCAACCGGCAACAUGCAGCAGGGAUUGCCACCCGUGAUCCGCAUGCAGGGAGCACAGCAGCCGGCUGUUAGGGUGCUAGGACCCGGUGGCCCCGGCAGUGGACCCAAUGUCCUGCCCAACGAUGUGAACAGCCUGCAGCAGCAACAACAACAACAACAGCAGCAACAGCAGCAGCAGAUGCUCCAGCAGCAGCAGCAGAACCGACGACGCGGUGGCCUGGCCAACAUGGUGGAGCAACAACAACAGCAACAGCAACCCAAUCCCGCUCAGCUAGUUGGCAACAUUCCGGCACCACUCUCCGUCAACGUUGGUGGCUUUGGCAAUGCCAAUUUCGGUAAUGCAGCGGCCAGUGGAGGAGGAGGAGGCGGCGGAGGAGGCGUGCCCAAUGACAAGCAGCAGCUGAAGGUGGCCCAAGUGCAUCCGCAGAGCCAUGUAGUGGGCGGCGGUGCAGCGCCGGGCGGAGGAGCAGGAGCAGCAGGCGCCGGCGGAGCCAGUGGCCAGGUGGCAGCCGGUUCCAGUGUCCUCAUGCCAGCCGAUACAACGGGCGGUGGUGGUGGUGGCGGUGGCGGCACCACUAACAAUCCCAAUCAGAAUGCGGGCGCAGGAACGGGAGCUGGCGGAGGAGCUGGUGGCGGCGCCGGUGGCGGUGGCAACUCUGGCACACCCGGCGACAAUGAGAAGGAUUGGCGGGAAUCGGUGACCAGCGAUCUGCGCAACCAUCUCGUCCACAAGCUCGUGCAGGCCAUCUUUCCCACCUCCGAUCCCACCACCAUGCAGGACAAGCGCAUGCACAACCUGGUCUCGUAUGCGGAAAAGGUCGAGAAGGAUAUGUACGAGAUGGCCAAGUCCAGGUCGGAGUACUACCACCUGCUGGCAGAGAAGAUCUACAAGAUACAGAAGGAGCUGGAGGAGAAGCGGCUGAAGCGCAAGGAGCAGCACCAGCAGAUGUUGUUGCAUCAGCAGGGAGCUGCUGGCGGUGGAGGUGGUGCAGGUGGUGUAGCAGCUGGCGGAGCGGUCAGUGCAGCUGCAGGCGGCGUAGUCCUUCCCCAGCAGCAGCAGCAGCAGCAGGGUCAGCAACCUCCACAGAGCUGCAUCCAUCCCAGCAUCUCACCCAUGGGCGGUGGAGUGAUGCCGCCCCAGCAAUUGCGUCCACAGGGUCCCGGAUCCGGCCUCUUGGGUCAGCCCACGGCCGCAGCUUUGGGUGUGGGCGUGGGCGUGGGCGUUGGCGUCACCAACAACAUGGUGGCCAUGCGCAGUCACUCGCCCGGCGGCAAUAUGCUCACCCUGCAGCAGCAACAGCGCAUGCAAUUCCCCCAGCAGCAGCAGCAGCAGCAGCCACCUGGCUCGGGAGCUGGCAAAAUGCUGGUGGGACCACCGGGACCCAGUCCCGGCGGCAUGGUGGUCAAUCCGGCACUCUCACCCUACCAGACAAGCAAUGUGCUCACCAGUCCAGUGCCGGGACAACAGCAGCAGCAGUUCAUCAAUGCAAAUGGUGGCUCAGGAGCUAAUCCCCAGCUGAGUGAGAUCAUGAAGCAGCGACAUAUACACCAGCAGCAACAGCAGCAGGCGCAACAGCAGCAACAGCAGCAGCAGCAGCAACAGCAGCAGCAACAACAACAGGGCAUGCUGUUGCCGCAAUCGCCUUUCAGCAAUGCAACGCCCCUGCAGCAACAGGCUACCAGCAACAGCUUUAGCUCGCCCAUGCAGCAAGGGCAACAGCAGCAGCAACAGCAGCAGCAGCAACAGCAACAGCAGCAGCAACAGCAGCAGCAGCAACAACAACAACAACAGAAGCCCGGCAGUGUGCUAAACAACAUGCCGCCCACGCCCACAAGUUUGGAGGCUUUGAGUGCCGGAGCGAGUGCCUCCAAUGUGACGGUGGCAGCGCCCAGUCCAUCGCCUGGCUUCCUCUCCAAUGGACCCUCCAUUGGCACGCCCUCCAACAAUAACAACAACAACAACAACAACAGCAGUAGCAGUGCCAACAACAACCCGCCCUCGGUGAGCAGUUUGAUGCAACAGCCGCUAAGCAAUCGUCCGGGUACACCGCCCUACAUACCCGCCUCACCAGUACCAGCAACCAGUGCCUCCGCUUCCGGUUUGGCGGCCAGCAGUACGCCCGCCUCGGCCGCAGCCACAUGUGCAAGUAGUGGCAGCGGUGUCAGUGGCAGUGGCAGCAAUAGCAGCAACAGUGGAGGAGCCACUGCAGCGGGAGCCAGUUCCACAUCCUCAACUUCCUCUGGAGGUUCGGGAACGCCACUGAGUUCAGUGUCCACGCCCACUUCGGCCACCAUGGCCACGAGUAGUGGAGGAGCAGGAGCAGGAGCAGGAGCAGGAUCAUCUACAACGCCCGCCAGCAAUCCGUUGCUUCUGAUGUCAGGAGGCGGAGGCGGAGGAGCGGCGACCACCACCACCACCACGUCCAGCUCCUCAAGCAGUCGCAUGAUGAGCAGCUCCAGCAGUCUCUCCUCGCAGAUGGCCGCCCUGGAGGCUGCGGCGCGGGACAACGAUGAUGAGACGCCCUCACCCUCGGGCGAGAACACCAAUGGCAGUGGGGGCAGCGGAAAUGCCGGCGGCAUGGCCUCCAAGGGCAAGCUGGACUCCAUCAAGCAGGAUGACGACAUCAAGAAGGAGUUCAUGGACGACAGCUGUGGCGGCAACAACGAUAGCUCGCAAAUGGACUGCUCCACGGGCGGUGGCAAGGGCAAGAAUGUGAACAACGACGGCACCAGCAUGAUCAAAAUGGAGAUCAAGACGGAGGAUGGUCUGGAUGGCGAGGUGAAGAUCAAAACGGAGGCCAUGGACGUGGACGAGGCUGGCGGUUCGACGGCGGGCGAGCAUCAUGCUGAUGGUGGUCUUGGCGGUGGCAAGGAUAACAUCAAUGGAGCGCAUGAUGGCGGAGCAGCUGGCAGUGCUGUGGACAUCAAGCCCAAGACGGAUACGAAGCCACUUGUUCCAGAGCCAUUGGCCCCCAAUGCGGGUGAUAAAAAGAAGAAGUGCCAAUUCAAUCCCGAAGAGCUGCGCACCGCUUUGCUGCCCACGCUGGAGAAACUGUACCGGCAGGAGCCCGAAUCGGUGCCCUUUCGCUAUCCAGUCGAUCCGCAGGCACUGGGCAUUCCCGACUACUUUGAGAUCGUGAAGAAGCCCAUGGACCUGGGCACCAUACGCACCAACAUUCAGAACGGCAAGUACAGUGAUCCCUGGGAGUAUGUGGACGAUGUGUGGCUGAUGUUCGACAAUGCCUGGCUCUAUAAUCGCAAGACAUCGCGGGUGUAUCGUUAUUGCACAAAGCUUUCGGAAGUUUUUGAGGCAGAGAUUGAUCCUGUGAUGCAGGCCUUGGGCUAUUGCUGCGGCAGGAAGUACACAUUCAAUCCACAGGUGCUCUGCUGCUAUGGCAAGCAGCUGUGCACGAUUCCGCGGGAUGCCAAGUACUACAGCUACCAGAACAGUCUAAAGGAAUACGGUGUCGCCUCAAAUAGAUACACCUACUGCCAAAAGUGCUUUAACGACAUCCAGGGCGAUACGGUCACACUGGGCGAUGAUCCACUGCAGUCGCAAACCCAAAUCAAAAAGGACCAGUUCAAGGAGAUGAAGAACGAUCAUUUGGAGCUGGAGCCGUUUGUCGAUUGCCAGGAAUGUGGACGCAAGCAGCACCAGAUCUGUGUGCUCUGGCUGGAUUCGAUUUGGCCCGGUGGCUUUGUGUGCGACAAUUGUUUGAAAAAGAAGAACUCGAAGCGGAAGGAGAAUAAGUUCAAUGCGAAGCGUCUGCCAUCCACCAAACUGGGCGUGUACAUUGAGACGCGUGUGAACAACUUCCUCAAGAAGAAGGAGGCGGGCGCCGGUGAGGUGCACAUCCGUGUGGUCAGCUCCUCCGACAAGUGCGUCGAGGUGAAACCCGGAAUGCGUCGGCGGUUCGUGGAGCAGGGCGAGAUGAUGAACGAGUUUCCGUACCGCGCCAAAGCUCUGUUCGCCUUCGAGGAGGUGGACGGCAUCGACGUCUGCUUCUUUGGCAUGCACGUGCAGGAGUACGGAUCGGAGUGCCCGGCGCCGAAUACGCGGCGUGUGUACAUUGCCUAUCUGGAUUCCGUUCAUUUCUUCCGGCCACGACAAUACCGCACAGCGGUGUACCACGAAAUCCUGCUUGGCUACAUGGACUAUGUAAAGCAGCUGGGCUACACGAUGGCCCACAUCUGGGCAUGUCCGCCCUCCGAGGGCGAUGACUACAUCUUCCACUGCCAUCCCACGGACCAGAAGAUACCCAAGCCCAAGCGGCUGCAGGAGUGGUACAAGAAGAUGCUCGACAAGGGCAUGAUCGAGCGCAUCAUCCAGGACUACAAGGACAUCCUCAAGCAGGCCAUGGAGGACAAGCUGGGCUCCGCCGCCGAGCUGCCCUACUUCGAGGGCGACUUCUGGCCCAAUGUCCUCGAGGAGAGCAUCAAGGAGCUCGACCAGGAGGAGGAGGAGAAGCGCAAGCAGGCCGAGGCCGCCGAAGCAGCGGCUGCAGCGAAUCUUUUCUCCAUCGAGGAGAACGAGGUGAGCGGCGAUGGCAAAAAGAAGGGCCAGAAGAAGGCCAAGAAGUCGAACAAAUCGAAGGCGGCGCAGCGUAAGAACAGCAAAAAGUCCAAUGAGCAUCAGUCGGGCAACGAUCUCUCCGCCAAGAUUUAUGCGACCAUGGAGAAGCACAAGGAGGUCUUCUUCGUUAUCCGUUUGCAUUCGGCACAAUCGGCAGCGAGUCUGGCGCCCAUCCAGGAUCCCGAUCCGCUGCUCACCUGCGAUCUGAUGGACGGACGCGACGCCUUCCUCACCCUCGCCCGCGACAAGCACUUUGAGUUCUCGUCGCUGCGGCGCGCCCAGUUCUCCACGCUGUCCAUGUUGUACGAGCUGCAUAACCAGGGCCAGGAUAAGUUCGUCUACACCUGCAACCACUGCAAGACGGCGGUGGAGACGCGCUACCAUUGCACCGUCUGUGAUGACUUUGAUCUGUGCAUUGUGUGCAAGGAGAAGGUCGGCCAUCCGCACAAGAUGGAGAAGCUCGGCUUCGACAUCGACGACGGCUCGGCGCCGGCGGACCACAAGCAGGCCAAUCCGCAGGAGGCCCGCAAACAGUCCAUCCAGCGGUGCAUCCAGUCGCUGGUGCACGCCUGCCAGUGCCGCGACGCCAACUGCCGCCUGCCCUCGUGCCAGAAGAUGAAGCGCGUCGUCCAGCACACGAAGAACUGCAAGCGGAAGACGAACGGCGGCUGCCCCAUCUGCAAGCAGCUCAUCGCGCUCUGCUGCUACCACGCCAAGCACUGUCAGGAGCAGAAGUGCCCCGUGCCCUUCUGUCCCAACAUCAAGCACAAGCUCAAGCAGCAGCAGCUCCAGCAAAAACUUCAACAGCAGCAGUUGCUGCGUCGUCGUGUGGCGCUCAUGUCCCGCACAGCGGCUCCAGCGGCUCUGCCCGGUCCGGCGGCAGUCAGUGGGCCGGCGUCGGCGGUGGUCGCCGCACCCGGCGGCGUGGUGGGCAUGUCCGGCGGCGGCGGAGUGGCUCUGGGACAACAGGUGAUGCCCGGCCAGCCGGGAAUAAUGGCACCGGGAGCAGGUGGCAUGUCGCCAUCGACGGUGGCAGUGCCAUCGCCUGUUUCGGGCGGUGCCGGCGUCAUGGGCGGGAUGACCUCGCCGCAUCCGCACCAGCCGGGCAUCGGGAUGAAGCCCGGCGGAGGCCACUCGCCGUCGCCCAGUGUGCUGCAGGUGGUCAAGCAGGUGCAGGAGGAGGCCGCUCGCCAGCAGGUCUCGCAUGGCGGUGGCUUUGGCAAGGGCGGCCCAGCUAUGGCCCCGCCGCCCCAGAUGAAUCGAGCGAUGGGCGUGGCAGGACCGAAUCCGAAUGUGGUCAAUCAGCUGGGCGGCAUGGUUGGAGUUGGAGUGGGAGUUGGAGGUGUGGGAGUGGGAGUGGGCGGUGUCGGCGGCGUUAACCAACUGAGCGGUGGCAAUCCCGCCGGCGGUGGUGGUGGUCCCGCCCUGCCCGGCUCCGGCAACUGCUCACUGAAUGUCCUGAAUGCCAAUCACCUGCUGCCCAUGGAUCAGUGGGGUGGCAAUAGCGGUGGAGCCGGCGGCAAUCCGGGCGGUGUAAAUCCCCAGGCACGCUAUGCCAACAAUGCCACCGGCAUGCGUCAACCCGGCCAGCUGAUGCAGCCCAAUCUGAUACAGCAGCAGCAGCAGCAGCAGCAACAGCAGCAGCAACAGCAGCAGCAGCAGAUGAUGGGCUUGGGCGGACCCAAUCAACUGGGCGGAGGCCAGAUGCCCGUCGGUGGACAGCAUGGCGUGAUGGGCAUGGGCAUGGGAGCACCGCCCAUGGCCGGAACUGUGGGCGGAGUGCGCCCGCCGCCGGGAGCGGGAGGAGGCGGAGGAGGAGGUGGCGGCGUCGGCGGCGGUGGCGGCGGUGGUGGUGCCACUGGCAGCCAACUGAACACCCAGCAACUGGCCCAGAUCAUGCAGAAGAUCAAGAACAAUCCCACCAACGAGAGCAACCAGCAAAUACUCACCAUCCUCAAGCAGAAUCCGCAGAUAAUGGCGGCCAUUAUCAAGCAGCGUCAGCAGAGCCACCAGUCGCAGAUCAAUGCGGCGGCGGGUGGCGGAGGAGGAGCACCUGGUGGCGGCUCCCUGCAGCAGCAGCAGGCGGGCAAUGGUCCGCAGAAUCCCCAGCAACAGCAGCAGCAACAGCAGCAGCAGCAGCAGCAACAGGUGAUGCAGCAACAGCAGAUGCAGCAUAUGAUGAACCAGCAGCAGCAGCAAGGUGGUGGUCCGCAGCAGAUGAAUCCCAACCAGCAGCAGCAGCAGCAGGUGAAUCUAAUGCAGCAGCAGCAGCAGGGCGGACCCGGCGGACCCGGAACUGUGCCCCAUCGCAUGCCCAACAUGCAGAACACAGCCAUGAUGCUGCAGAACCUGCCGCCCAACAUGUCGCCAGGCGUCUCCGCCCAAGGAGGAAUGGUGCCCAAUCAGAACUGGAACAAGAUGCGCUACAUGCAGAUGAACCAGUACCCGCCACCGUAUCCGCAGCGCCAGCGUGGUCCGCACAUGGGCGGCGCUGGACCCGGUCCCGGCCAGCAGCAGCAGCAGUUCCCCGGCGGCGGCGGUGGCGGCGUCGGACCCGGCAGCUUCAAUGCGGGCGGUGCCGGCGGCACGGGAGUGGGCGUCGGCGUGGGAGUGGGCGUGCCCGGAGGAGGAGGAGCUGGUGCCGGAGUGCCCGGUGGCGAUCAGUAUUCGAUGGCCAAUGCGGCGGCUGCCUCCAAUAUGCUGCAGCAGGGCGUUGGAGUGGGCGUGAAGCCGGGUCCCGGACAGCAGCAGCAGCAGCAGAUGGGCGUGGGCAUGCCACCCGGAAUGCAGCAGCAGCAGCAACAGCAGCAACAGCAACAGCCCCUGCAGCAGCAGCAACAGAUGAUGCAGGUGGCCAUGCCGAAUGCCCAGAAUCCGCAGCAGAAUCCAUCGUCCGUUGUGGGCGGACCCAAUGCCCAGGUGAUGGGACCCCCGACGCCGCACUCGCUGCAGCAGCAGCUGAUGCAGUCGGCCCGCGCCUCGCCGCCCAUCCGCUCGCCCCAGCCAACGCCAUCGCCGCGCUCGGCGCCAUCGCCACGUGCCGCUCCAUCCGCCUCGCCCCGGGCCCAGCCCUCGCCGCACCACGUGAUGAGCCAUUCGCCGGCGCCGCAGGGACCGCCGCAGCACGAUGGCAUGCACAACCAUGGCAUGCAUCAUCAGUCGCCGCUGCCAGGUGUGCCGCAGGAUGUGGGCGUGGGCGUUGGCGUUGGCGUGGGCGUGGGCGUCAACGUUGGCAAUGUGGGCGUGGGCGUGGGCAAUGCCGGUGGACCACUGCCCGACGCCUCCGACCAGCUGACCAAGUUUGUGGAGCGGCUCUAGUGCAGCAACAGCAACAGUAGCGGCAACAGCUACAAUGGAUGGUAACCACAAGCCAAAGGCCAGAUGAAGAUUCAUAAACCGACAAGCAGCAGGGAUCAUCACCCAUGGGUGUUAGACUUUCACGACUAUGACUAAACUUAACUAAACUAAACUACAACUAAACUAAAACUACAACUAAAACUAAACUAAAACAACAACUAAAACUAAACUAACAUUGCACCCCAAAUGUAUAGCGUUAUUAUGAUUGAACCAGCACCAGCUAUCACAUCUAAUUUGUAAACUAGAUUAAGACCCACCCUCCACCACCACCACUGCUAUAAAGCCUUUAUUUUAAGUCUAGGACAAAAUUUGAACAAAGCAUCUUGAUUCGAUUUCCAUUAUGUAAGAUCGCGAGAUUUAGCAAAUAUAUAUAACAUAUAUUUCAUAUGCCCCUAUAACACCCAA